UGAUGAAGUUUCGGGAUGAGCAGCUCAGAUGAUCGAGUUUAGUCCAUCAACAAUGUCAACACCACAUGUUACCAGAUGUUUUUUUGCUGAAGUACUAGGGUGAUAACUAUAAAGAACUGAUCUGCAAGAUGUUUUCAUCGAUAUCAAAAGCUGUAGCGCAUGUUUGGAGUAGCAGUCAUCCAAAGGAGAAAUCGUCAGAUGAAUCGUCAGGUACUGAUACCCGAUCUGAAGGCACUGAGACUCCUCUCAGCUAUCCCUGUUACUCCAGCAGUUAUGAUGGAAAUGUUCAACCACAAUAUGGUCAAGACACUGCACCAAGUAAUACCCAAACAAGCUAUCCCAAGUCUGUUCAGUUCCAGGUGGGAGAUGGAACAGAUGAUUCGCACAAGAGUGUAGUAGAGCAAAGCUAUACCACAAGCACUAUCAACGGGAAGAUCACCCAUGUUUAUGGGGACUAUGGACUCAUAGACAAUUCAAUCCACUUCAGAUAUGAUGCCGUACUGUAUAACAUGACUCCCAAAGUUGGCUUGCCGGUAGAAGCAACCAUAGAGUCUGGUGAACAUGAAGAUGUUGGUUUGAGGGCUACAGAAGUCGUCAUCUCCAAAGCAAACUGGGAAGAUGGUGAGGGAGGUACAGAGGAACCAGAAUGGCAUAUCGGCAAGGUGACCAAGACAGAGAGGACAUCAGGAUGGCUGGAUGAUACCUUGUUCUAUGAUCAAGAUGCAUGUCCCUAUGGCUUCUUGCCUCACAGAGGAGACUGGCUGAUUGCUGAAAUGACAAGGAAUGUCGAGACAGGAGCCAAAGUUGUCAAGACUGUUCGGCCAUUGCGGGAGAAACGUUUCAAGGGGUUUGUGACUCACGUGUACCCAGGCUAUGGUUUCAUAGAUGGAACGAUCUUCUUCUCCAGGAGGGCCUGUGAGCUGAACUAUGUACCAAAGCGUGAUGACCAGGUGGAAGGAAACGCUAUUGAAUCAGAUCAGAGCAAGGGCAAAUGGAGAGCUGUCUUGGUCUCUUUAAAGAAACAAGAAAGGAUGGUCCUCACCAAACAGUUUCCUGCCCACAGCUUUCAAGAAGGAGAGCGGAUGACAAAAGAGAACGGUAUAGCAGUGACUGUGAGCGGAGAAUUUAGCAGGAUGUGCAUCGGACAAGAGAAAAGGGUAACAGUGUAUGUUAGAAACACAGGUGAAGAAACGCAGAAGCUUAUACGAGCUGAAGCAGUGUGCCUUUUGAGUGACUUAAAUCUUGCCAUCGAUGGUGGUGCAGAGGGUGUGGAGAAAACCGCAGGGUUGAGCUGCUGCAACCAAUCCAUCGAGAUCAAAUCUGGCAGCAAAAUCAGCCUCACUGUAGCAGUCACAGCAAGGAGCGUAGGAAAAUCUGCCUGCCAGAUUGUCUUGACCUUUGACACCUGCUCUAUCAGCCGUCCAAUACCCAUUACUGUCCAGGUAAGCAACGACCCCCUGCAGACGUCUGGCCGACUAAGCGGUAAGGAGAAAUGGAUGAAAGAAUUUGCCAUAACGUCCAGUGGAAAAGGACCAGCGGUGUUACCUGGUGUGCGUCUAGCCAGGUUAGUCAGGAAUGGUGUUGUGCAGGAACCUUUUAAUGGUAACUUCUAA